AUGGAGUUUGGCGGCUUGUGGAUCCUCCUGGCAGCUUACAUCGUCCAAAUGGACCAGUGUACGUGUGAACGAAUGGAAUACGAACGGGACCUGUGCAGUAGUGCCACAGUGGUGGUGGGGACCAAGCACUACACCGUCGUAGACAACGCUAUGGUGACGUUCGACCAAGCGGUGUCCACCUGCGCUAGCCUUGGGGGCCGGCUGCCAUCCACCCGAUACCGCGCUUACUUCGAAGCUUACAGCAGGCUAAUGAGUGCCCCUGGGAAGUACAGCCUGCUGCUGUGCGUGUCUGUGUCGCAAGGCGGCGCUGUGACCACUGCAGCGGUGUCCACGUGGGUUCAGAUCGCAUUCUCUCCUAUUAACAUCCUCAUCACCGGAGGAUCCAGGAGGUCCCAGAGUGGCGGCUUUCUUAUGGGUCAAUUCCAAGCGGAGGCCUACAUUAUUGAUCCAGAUCAGCAGCGAGAGUCCAUACAGUCGGCAUCGAAUUCCAACUUCAGGUUCACUGACAAGUGGGACUGGACCUGUCGCCGCCCAGAUGGUACAGCUACAUCCGGGACCUUCAUCAUGCGGGUUGACAACCCUUACAGAACUUCAGGUCGUGUCUGGCUACCUUACGAACAGGAGGUGACUCUGAUCCCCAAGGGAUAUCCCACCUGCUUUAUAAGGUGGAGAAGAUCUUACGAGCUGGGACCGGAGCACUCCUUCUACUGGAGCCUGAAGCAAGCUCCGGACGAGUUCAGCGGCGUGGACUGGGAGAACGACACUCGGACAGGCCAAUAUCAGGAAGAACUGAUCGUUAAGGACCACGUACCAGGAGAGUACAUCAUCCGCCUGGACAUCCUGACCAACGGCGUUCUCUGCGCCACCGGCAACUGCAGCUAUGCGGAGUGGAAGUUCACCAUCCCGGCUCCGCCUGCCAACGCGCGCCAACCCGUCUGUGCUGCAGACAUACCGGUACCUCUCUCCUCAGUCGAGUGCAACCGAACGCUGCCGUACAGCGAGGUGGACCCGUCGUGGACCGGUGAGGGGUGUGAGUGCCGGGAAGUCUCCAACCUCUGCACCGUCGGCCCGACGGAGGGGAUCGCGCUGACCACCAGAUUUGAUCUGAGCUGCCUAGACUUUGAAGGAACUGGGGCUAUUCGCUAUGAGUACUACUACAGAACACGGGCCACGGCUACAGUCAGCACUCUGGUGACCUCCGCUGAGUCAGGGCACUACAACUUACUGUAUCAUGGAAUGUCUCCGUCGCCGCGCCCCUUUAAACUGCCGUCUGGACUAGCGGCCGAUGACUACAGGGUCUUCCUUCUCGUGAAGAUGUCCGACCAGCGGGGGACGACAAAAACAAGUGAGCUAGAGCUGACGGUUCGGCUGCCUCCUUUCCAAGACCUUUUAACCGCCAUCGACACCACCGAUGCCGAAGUCCAGCGGGCCAUCCGGUGGGGAGACAAGAUGGAGGCGGUGCACCUGAGCACCAUCACGGCCACAACUCUCAACAACAUCCGCGCUGAGGGAAGUUAUCAAGUAGAAGACUGGAGAGCGAAUCGUAACGCCACAACCACAGCUUUUGAAGCCAUAAAUGAGCUGACUGACGGGAUUCUAAGGGGAAAGUCGAAGGUCGAAGUCGUCACUAUGAUAUCAUCACAAGACUUCCAGGUGGUGGUGAACAGGACUGACUGUCGGUCGUGGUUCAACUAUGAAAAUCACACCGUCCAUUUUACCAGCUUUGAAGACGGGACCUGGUUCAGACUACCCCCAUUACCAGUCAUCGUGAAGGCAUACGCUCGUUCAGUGAUGAGGAUUACCGGUGACAUUAGUAAGCCUCGACUGGAGUCAAUAGCGAGGAACGAUUUCUGCGCCUUCAAUGGCACACAGGUUUUCCACAGUCGCUGGAGGAACCCUUUCGAGUACGCCACCAACUUCAGCCGCCGGGACCUGAAGAUCGGGAUAGGGGGGCUGCACUUCACCGACGCCUUGGAGAGGAAGGGGAUCUCCGGUCUUGAGGAGCCCGUGGAGUUUUCUAUCCUGAGGCACAACCAGUCUGUGGCAGCGGUAGAGUUUGAUGACGUUACAGUUGACGGGGAAAUUGUGUACGUCCCAUUUAAGUACAACACCUCCACCGACCCGGCAGACAUAUACAUCUUCCUGGAUCCCCGGGAUCCACUGGUGCCUCCAACCUUCACCCUGUACCUGGCGUACGGCAUCAAACCUAACGCCUCUCAGUUCGACCUGACUACCACACUUCCCGUUCCUGCUAACAUGAGCUAUUCGCUUGAUCUGGAUGAAAACGUCACCGUGACGUCAGACUCGUACAGCUGGCGGGUGCGUCUCAGUGACGUAGAACCGGUCACGUGGGACGGCAACAACACCAACUGGUACCUCGGAAUUGAGCUUACGGGUGCAGAUGGCACCGAGAGGGGAGGUCAUCCAGCAGUGUCGCUCGGAGUCUUCAUUGAACCUGUAGAAUGUGUUUUCUUCAACGAGGAUGGCCAUUUCUGGGACAGGGAUGGUUGUGAGGUUGGACCCCUGACAAGUCGGACCCACCUCCAUUGCCGCUGUGAUCAUCUGACCAAGUUUUCUGGCCUGGUGGCUCCGAACGAGAUCAACUUCGAGCGGGCGCUGAAAGGUUUCCUCCUGCUGAAGAACCUCAUCCAGAACCCGGUGGGCAUCAUGACGUGCUGCGUGCUGUUCUCCUUCUACAUCGCCCUGUGUGUGCCCUGGACACGGAAAAACGACGCCAAGGACCUCGGGAAGGUCACCACAGCAGCAAUCUUCGAUGACACAGAAGAUCCUAAACCUCGUUACUACAUGAGGGUCUUCACCGGACCGAGAGUUAAUGCCGGGACAACAGCAAAGGUUUCCGUCAUGCUGCACGGAGCGACCCGUGAGUGCGGCCCGUUCCUCCUGCACCAGCCCUACUCCGCCAUGUUUGAGCGGGGGAACGUGGCCGGGUUUGUUCUGUGCACCCAGACCGACCCGGGCUGGCUCACCCACGUGCGCGUGUGGCACGACAACUCCGGCAAGGAGCCAUCCUGGUUUCUGGACAGGAUCAUUGUGGACGAUCUACUGCUCGAAGAGCAGCACUAUUUCCUCUGCAACAGGUGGUUGGCCUUUGAUGAGGACGAUGAGCAAAUUCAGCGCGUGUUGCCUGCAGCUAAGGACGAGCAGCUGGUGGCCUUCAGUACUCUGUUCGCCGAUAGAACUACAAGGGACCUGCGAGACGGCCACAUCUGGUACUCGGUGUACGGCCGCCCUGCCAGCAGCCCCUUCACCCGGACCCAGCGGGUCUCCUGCUGCCUGUCCAUCGUCAUGUGCACCAUGCUGGCCAACAUCAUGUUCUUCGGCCGGGGGGACGACUUCGACCCGCCGGAACCCGUCAACAUCUUCGGGUUCGACGUCAGGAUUCCAAUUUCCUGGCCUCAGAUUGCCAUCGGUCUGCAGAGUGCUGCGGUGGUGUUUCCUAUCAACGCCCUCAUCAUCUGGAUUUUCCGUAGCGUCAAACAUCGUCCUGAUAAUGCACUGAAGGAGGCUACUUCCGCUGACAACCGCGUCAUCGGAAAGGACAAGUCAGACAGGCGGCCUUCGUCUAACAACAAACCGACUUCCACCGAGCUCUCCAGCGUCCAAGUUUACCUGAUGAACUUGCAGCCGUCCUUACCCGAACAGGUCCGGAAGGAAGCUGCCCGUGAACAGCAGCAGACGAUGCGGGGCCAAGUCACUGACCUGACUUCUCCAGGGCAGAUCAAGUCUCAAGGCUUCCUCUUGGUGUUCGUCGCCACCAACACCUCUGCGUUCUUCGUCAUGCUCUACUCGUUUGAGUUCGGGCGGGAGAAGGCGGAGGCCUGGCUGCUCAUCUUCCUGACGUCAUUCCUGUCUGACCUCAUCCUCAUUCAGCCGGUCAAGAUCCUCGCCGUGGCGGCGCUUUUUGCGGUGUUUUACAAGAAAGCGGAUAAAGGAGAGGAAGGGAAGAGGUACGAUCUAAAACAGUGUGAAGACAUUGCUGAAGAGCAAAAGCAGAACCCACCUGCCCCUGCCCUCCCCGGCUCCCCAGACCUGACUCAGGCCCGGCUGCUCGCCGUCCGCCGGAGGAAACUCAGGACCAUCCUGAAGGAAGUGUCUGUCUACGCGCUGUUCCUGGCCGUGGUGAUGCUGGCUGCGUACGGGCAGAAGAACCACAUGGCCUUUCACAUGUCCAACCAGGUUCAGCGGCUCGUCGUGCACGGCGAGGAAAUGUCUUUUGAAGAGGUGAGUGAUGCUGACUCCUACUGGACCUGGCUAGAGACUGCCGCCGUCCCGAGUCUUUACCAAGAUGCAGCCGGCCCGGACCUGCCUUUUCACCGUGUAGGACCGAUACGGCUCCGCCAGGCGAGAGUCAGGCUAGAUUUUGAUUGUCUGACGACAGUAUCCCCAGCAAACCAGACAUCAGGGUGCGGCAGACGCUAUGAUUACUUCAGUCAGGACGAAGGGCUGUACGGAGAAGGGUGGCUGCCGCUGCCUGCAGUCAACAUCACCGCUCUCAACGGGACCAACGGCACCACAGGGACGGCAGACGGGAACAGCACAAGCCCAUGGAGGUUCCGGUCGUCGGGAGACUUACAAGAUGUGCCCUAUGCGGGAGACCACGGUGUGUACUUCGGCGGAGGCUACAUUGCCGACACGUCCGACAACUCAACACAGACCGUGGAAACACUGCGAGAUUUGAAGAACCAUGGCUGGAUCGAUAGAGCCACCCGAGCCGUGUUCACUGACGUGACGCUGUACUCGCCCGACUCGAAGCUGUUCUCCAUCGCGACGCUGCUGGUGGAGUUCACGGCUCUCGGGGCCGGCUUCCCCCGCUGGGAGGUCCACACCGCCCGCCUCUACCGCUUCCACGGCGCCUGGGACGUCUGGAUGGCCCUCGUCUACAUCUCUGCACUCGCCAUUUUUACUUUGGUCUUCGUCAUCAGAGAAGUAAGGAAAGCUUACAACAGCGGUACCCUGUAUCUCAUGGACUUCUGGAACUGGGUGGAAGUGAUCAUCAUCCUUCAGUCCCUGGCGGCGGUCGCCACCUUCUUCUACUCCGAGGCUGUACUGGAGGAUGUGGCUGGCGAUGACGUCACUGGUCUCGCGGGACAUUACGUGAACUACCGGCGCGCGGCAUUCUGGGACCAAGUCUACACCUACGUCAUCGCCGCUCUGUUGUGUAGUGUGACCUUGAAGAUGACCUACCUGCUGCGGUUCAGUCACCGCGCGUCUCUUCUCACCCACACCCUCCGGCUCAGCGUCCGCCCGCUCUCAGGAUUCUCCGUCAUGUUCUUUCUCUACUUCUUCGCCAUUCUGAUGCAUCUCACCUUCGGUCUGCGCAUGCGCUCCUACAGUUCCUUCGCUCGAACCUUCGAGUCGCUGGUGACCAUCAUAGCCGGUGAUCUGAACUUUGAAGAAAUCUCCACCACGACUGGAAAUCUGGGCACUUUCGUUCUGUUUCUGUUUGUUUUUGUCUUCAAUAUCUGUUUGAUCGGUUUCUUUGUGGCCAUCAUCGACAUAUCCUAUCACUUUGCAAAGGAAGAUGAUCAGAUGGAAAAAACUGACAAUGACCUGAAAGAGUUUUUUAAAUAUGAAAUGCAAAAGCUAAAACCAAAGAAGAGGGCAAUAAAGAAUAAUGCGGUAACCGGAGAUACUUCAAUAUACGGUCCUGGUUAUGCAGAAGUCAAAGUGAAUGUGAUGAAAAGGUUGGGGACAGUUUUUGAUGACUUAGACGAAAGAUGA